AUGUUGCUUGCUACGGAGGCCACGCAGAUAAUGCGUCGGCCAGACACGUACAAGGAUGUUCCACAUAGAUACUCCAUCGAGACCGACCCAAAGACACACGUUAUACAUAGACGGGCAACUGGAAAAGUAUCAAUGGCUUAUUUUACAAACUGGGGUAUAUAUGGUGCCAACUUUCAACCGACAGACAUAGUUCCUGGCCCUUUGACUCAUAUUCUUUAUGCAUUUGCUGACGUGUCUCCUGACACGGGUACCAUAUCCCUCACCGACUCGUACGCUGACGAGCAGAAACACUUCCCCACCGACUCUUGGAAUGAUACAGGAAACAACCUGUAUGGAUGCCUGAAGCAACUUUAUCUUCUCAAACUCGCACAAAGAAACUUAAAGGUUCUCUUGUCUAUUGGAGGCUGGACGUAUUCCCAAGCUGGACAUUUCGAUUUUGUCACGUCUGCUUCUUCUCGUGCCACGUUCGUUGCAAGCGCAGUGCAGCUCAUCGAAGACUACGGAUUUGAUGGAAUUGACAUCGACUUCGAAUAUCCAGCCAACACUGCCCAGGGACAAGGUCUGGCUGAUUUGAUGACAUCCCUCCGUACCGCAUUCGACAAUCUUGCUGCACAAAAGGGUGACCAGACGACGUACCUCCUCACGGCUGCUGUGGCUGCUGGUCCUGCCAACUAUGCCUUCCUUCAGGUUCCUCAGAUGAACGCUGCUUUGAGUUUCUGGAAUCUAAUGGCGUACGAUUACGCCGGAUCCUGGUUGACUUAUUCAGAUAACCAGGCCAAUGUCUACGGUGGUGCCAGAACAGGAUUCAGCACUGAUGCUGCUGUUAAAUUUUACUUCGGCGCUGGCGCUUCGCCAAACAAGUUUGUUUUGGGUAUGCCAUUGUAUGGCCACGCAUUCGAGAACACUGCAGGCCUCGGACAGCCCUAUAGCGGAAUUGGGCCUGGGACAAUCGAAGCCGGAAUAUAUUCUUACAGCGCUCUCCCAUUGGCCGGUGCUCAGGUCUUCGAGAACACAACUGAUAUCUCUAGCUAUUCAUACAAUUCAGCCACCCAAGAGCUUGUUUCCUACGAUACCCCAAAUAUCGUCAAGCUCAAAGUUCAAUACCUCGAGAGCAAAGGAAUGGCAGGUUCCAUGUUUUGGGAGCUAUCGACCGACAAAGUUGGCUCUCAAUCACUAGUUGGAGUUUCUGCAAGUGGCUUAGGAGCACUCGAUCAAACUCCAAACCACAUCAAUUUCCCGAACAGCAAGUGGGAUAACAUCCGAAACAACAUGGGCCAAGGAGGGUCUUCCACUGUCACUAGUACGAAACCGACCUCUACGGCUCCAGUAUCAACUUCCACCCCGUCUACUACUGCGAAGCCCACGACAUCAACCAAAUCAACGACUGCAAUCCCCAGUUCUACUGCAAGCUCGGGAUCUUUGUGCGCAGGAGUAGCGGCAUGGGUUUCAAACAUCGCAUAUACCGGUGGCGCUACUGUUACUUACGGAGGCCACCUCUGGUCGGCACAAUGGUGGACUCAAGCAGAUACUCCAGGAGGCGCCGCCGGUGUUUGGAUUGACAAGGGUGCUUGCUGA